AGCAGAUAUAAGCCACGCCAUGGAGGACGUUAGCGGAACUGCUCCAGCACCAAAAAAGAGUACCUUGUCAGUGGAUCGUGCCGCAUUUCUUCUGCUGCGCGUGAAAAAAGCGUUCAAGAAGAAGAGACUGCAACGCAAGGACCGACAGGCACAGCAGAAUAGUAGCGGAUGCAUGGUCUUGGGUAGCAAUGGACAACAGUCACGCAGCGGCAGCCGCAAAUUUCCGCCGCCAUUGUUGCGGUCACGCACCCUGCCCGCCAUCAUUGUACCAGGGCUUCCGGUUGUCUCACUGCACACAGAUAAACAAUCCUUUCACUUGGAUUGUAAAAGCCGCAGUGGCAGCGCGAGUGGUCAUCGUUGGUCUCUGCUCACACGCGGUGCGUGUGGUGGAACUAGUGGAGCUGGUGGUGGCGGUGGUGGUGGGGUUAGCAGCCAUAACAACAACAAUACCAAUUUAAGCAACAACAAUAACAACACGCUAAUGGUGAAGUCAUUGAAUUUACCAAAAGAUGAUUGCAGUCUGAUUUAUCGGCGAAAAUCGUCGGGCAGCUCGCCACACGCUCAUGCCGCACAUGCUGCUAUACAACAGCAUGUAGCACAACAACAUUUGCACCUCUAUCAGCAACAUAUUCCUGAUAGUUCCACUUAUCAGCUAUCCGAUGAUUUUGAAUGUCAUGCGGAUGGAUCGCUUCAGCUUCGGAUACCCUCGCCGCAUUCCGCGGCACCAUUACGCGGCUAUCCGUGUCGCCUGGGUGGAAAAAAACGCACCACAGCAUGCUCAGAGGCAACAACACCUAUGGCUAGGGAGCACCAUCAUCUGCACGACUUUGCCACUGCCGAGAGCAGUGGCUCGGGUGCGCAUACGACCUUCACACGGUUGGCCAAAUUGCUGCAUCAAUCAAGAUCCACUCUAUUGCCACAGCCGCCGAUGUUGCACGACGACAAUUUCGGUAUCGAAGCGGGGCGAGAGAUACAACAGACGAACAGCAAAUGUGUUUUAGGCCUCGGCGAGGAUGCACCGCGUCGUUUGUCGUGGGAAAGGCGUAAGGACAGCAGUGCGUUGCAGCGCUCGGCCAGCAUUGAUUCGUUUGCGGAAAUUGUGUUUAGCGACCUGCCGCGGCCCUCCCUGGAUGUACCACGCAGUGUGGUCGCCACGCCAACACCCUUUAGUAAGCGCCCAUCGGCAAGCAGCCUGUAUUCAACAUGCAGUAGCAUUGCGGCAGCUACGGCCGCCUCCGCACAGGUGCAUGCUCAGCUGAAUGUUAAUUAUGGCGACCUAACAGCAUAUUCGCAUCAGCAUCAAAUUGCACAGCAUCCAGGUAACUACAGCAGCGGUAGCAGCAGCACCGCCAAUAGCCGACGCGAGAGCAUGUUGAGUCCUUCCUCAACGCGACGCAACAAGCAAACCCGUAUUAUAAAUGCUCUCUUCUCAGCGGUGGAGCAUGGACAUUUGGAGAAAGCACGAACCAUACUCGAAUCCACCGAAGUAGAUGUCAAUAGCACCAAUAUAGAUGGCCUCUCAGCACUCGAUGUGGCCGUUCUAAGCAACAAUCGCUCCAUGACCAAGAUGUUGCUGCAGCAUGGCGCUCUAGAUGGCUCACAAUUUUCCGGGGAUAGCAUUGGCACCAAGCUGAACGGUCUGCUCAAAGACGCGGAGUCUCGUAUUCAUGAUCUCAGUGGACCAGAAGGUCUUUGUACAUCCGUCUUCAGCUCGCGCCCUUCAAUAUCUAGCAUUAUAAUUGGCAAUACGGGCUCCUCAGUGACCGGAUGUACGGGCAACGAGGUGGACAAGCAGAUUGGCAUUUGGGAACGUAAAGUCAAGGGACUUCGUCGCUUGCUGCUAGGCUGGGACCAGGCCCGACCACCAGAUGCUCCUGCCUCGUUUGUUGUCGAUGUUACCGGUGACAAUUCCAUCAGUUUGCAAAUACUCGAGCCUUUCGAGGGCGCCAUCGCUACCAAAUUUAAAGUUCAAUGGUCAACACGUGCCGACUUUGGUAACAUUGUUGGCGAGCGUGAACUUCUCGAGUGGAUUAGCUUUCACGGCACCAUGGGCGCUCACUACCGCAUAACAGGACUCACCCAAGGACGUCGCUACUUUUUACGCGGUGCCUGCGGUAAUGUCAAGGGUUGGGGAAAUUACCGCAAUUCGGUACCUGCAAGCGUUGUGCCGUCAACAUGGCGUGACCUAGAAAAUCGGGAGGAUCGAUUUUAUGGACGUCAAUACAUGCUAGACAAUCUGUUUACGGCUGUGCGUUUGGCUCGGCCCGCAGAUGUGUCUGAGCUUACCCUGGAUCCCAGCAACGUGCAGCGACGCAAUCCCAAAAAGAAGACUACCAUUAAGCAACUAUUCUCUGUCACCUCUAAGUUUCAAAAGACGCUGCGACGUGGCAUCUACUUCUCGUGCAUUGUUCAUUGUGAUGACAAGGUGCUAGUCACCAGCGAGGAUUUUCCGCCUGUUAUCGAAAUCGAUGAGUCUUAUCCGAGUGCCCUACACAUGGACUACUACUGGCUAAUGAAGGUGGCGUGCACAUGGGAGGAUGUGAAGUCCCUUCGUACAGACAUGGAACGCAAUCUCAGCUCACCCGUGCACUUUCGCACCAAGCUGCUGUCAGCCGUUUGCCAGAUGCAAUCUGCGCUAGGAAUUACGGAUCUCGGCCAAUUGUAUUAUAAACCCCUUCGAGACACGCAAGGCACAGUGGUGCUCACCUGCAUACAGUCGGUGAAGAGUCAGAAGGCUGUAUCUAUAAUAAAUUCACGCUGGCUACCCGUUAGCAAAUUGCAAAAAAAAUUAGGCGCUUUACACGAGGAUUACACCAUUAAUGAGCUGCUUAUAUCAAGCAUUGGGGAUCAGAUAGAUUAUCAACAGACAGCGAUGCAACGACUUGAUCCAGGCCUCUAUUUGGGCUAUUUGAAGAUGCAAUGCUCAAUGGAUCAAAUUCAGGUAGUUGUGCCUGUGAAGACGCCUAAUGUGCUGCCCCAUUGCAAAGUUCGCGAGAACAGCCAUGUUACCGCCGAGGAGUGGCAGGUACUGCAUCGCAUUAAAGAUAGUAAAUCAGUGCGACUACCUCUGGACUUCAGUACACCUAGCGAUGGGAAUGGCAAUGGCAAUGGCCAAGCCAACGAGGUGCAAUGCCUUUUCCUACACGAUCUCAGUACAGCAAUGCAUAAGCUGCUGGAAGGUAUGAGCAUUAAGCCAACGGAAGCUGCGACACAUCGCCUCUACGAUGUGGAAAUAAUUGAGCUUAGUCACGACAUUAGCUUUCUUAUUGUCUGCCCCUCGGCGGAGGCAUCUUGCGCCGUACCCGGCCAGUCGGAGCUUCUCUUACAGCGCAAUGAAUUCGUCAGCCUGAGCAUCCAGGCCUUCGAGAUGAUCCAUCUUCGUACCUACCAGCCGGCCAUAGUGCAAAAAUAUGCGCGACUCUCCUGCAUCCUGGAGUUGGAUACUGCCUUGGCCACCCAUUCGCAUCGCGAGGCCUUUUCUAGCAGCGAGUUGCAGGCGGCCAAGGAGCGACUAGCAACACUGCAGGAUCUCAGCUCAAACCUCUCUCUCGUAUGGAAAAGCGUGCGCUGGCUAAUGGAUGUCGUUGCAUAUGCUCGAAAUAAGCACGCUCAACCAGCGUUAGCUAUGCGUGAAAUACUGAGCUUUGUCGAGGAGCAGGAUAAGCAAUUGUUGCAACUACCGCUUCGCGACUCCAGAUUCAGCAAGACAGGUCGCGGCAGCUGGCCAGGUCCAGGUGUUAAUGAGGAUAAUGACAAGCCAAACAGCAACCCAGAGCAUUCUAAGUCCGAAACGAAUCUGGGGCAGAGCGAACUGACACCCAGCUCCGCACAGGCUACAUCCCUUAAGGUAGCUGACAAGCCGCCAUCAAAUGAUCAGCACCAACAACAACAGUCCCAGUUACUCCAGGUGGGAGUCAGUGAAUAUACUGCUUCAACCUGUUCAGAUGUUUCGCUACGUAAGAACAGCGGUGACUCUGUGAGCUCCGCGUAUACGGCACGCAGCUCCACCUCCGAAGGCAGUAAUUGUGUGUUCGCUUUGCCCCCUUCGCGAUCCGAUGAUACGCUAGCGGAUGCACUUCGUCAUUCACAAGCAGCUGCAGCGGCACAACGUAAGCGCACCAGCUCCCACAUUGGACCCCUUCCCACACCUCUCAUCACCGUGCACUGCUCCAGUUCAGUGCCUUAUCUAGCCGGCAGUAUCUCUGCUUUUUCUGGAGAUUUGGAACACAAGGCGCUGAAGCCAUCAGCCGCGGAGUACAGGCUGAAGGCUGCAUCCAGUGCCAAUUUGCGUGAAGGUGCACUCUAUUUGAAGAGCUCUCUGUCUGCCCUUCAGCCAGAUUUAAAGCCUCUAAGCAGCAAUGAAUUAAAUUCCAUGGCUCCAAGCACCUCGAAAGUAUCCUCAACCAAAAGUCUGGCACAGCAAAGCAGCGAGGAGGACACCGCCAGCUGUUCCAGCUUAAAUACCGAACAAGCGAUCGGUACUACAGGUGCGGGCAUCAUUCAGGUGUAUACCGCCUACAACACAGGAUUGGCCAGCGGAACAAGCCUCAAGCUUCAUGUGACGCCGAAGACAACAGCUAGGGAGGUGAUCAAUUUGGUUGUCAAGCAGCUUAACAUGGCCGCUGUGCUAAAGGGAAGUAAAGGUCCCAUUUAUAGUACCGAUAUGCUCGAUAACUUCUGCCUUGUCGCAGUUAUUGGCGCUCGAGAGCGAUGCCUUCGAGAUGACUUUAAGCCUCUUCAGCUGCAGAGUCCGUGGAAGAAGGGUCGCUUAUAUGUGAGACAAAAGCAUGAGCUACUCGCAGCCAUUGAGCAUUCCAAUCGUAAAUCCCAUUUGAUUUAAGAUCUAAAAGAGCAGCCAUAGAAGUCGUAACUGCCCACCAAGAGUGUAAGCUU